ACGGCCCAUUUCGGAUGAUAUCGGGAUUGGACGGGUGCUCAGUCAGCAUAAAUGGGCUAUGUUGUGCGGUGGCGAAUGGCGUCUAUUGCAGUUUACUUCGUCUACAUCAUGUCCGCGUUGCUGAAAACUACCGUCCUCCGUUCUGUUGGUCAUCCGUAUCCAUUAAUUUUGCGCUCUGCUAUCGCCGAGUCAAGAAGAGCCCCUAACCGUUAUGCCGUAUUCACAUACCGAGCACAGCUCCAUACCGCGACAGUCAACCAGAACUCGUUGAGUAGGGCACAGAGGGACAGUGUAAGCACUGGUUCAGAAGGACCGCAUCCAGAAGACCUCGCGUUAUCAAAGAAGGGUGCAAUAGAGGACACUGAAAAGGCUACCACAGUUCCUCCUGCUGUUCACGGGGACUGGGUGCUGUUCCACCCUGUGUAUUCCCCAGAGGAACUCAAAGCUGUUGAGGUUCUUCACCGCCAACCCGAAACGUUUUCGGACAAACUCGCGCUUAACCUGGUCAAACUAUGCAGAUGGGGUUUCGACCUUGCCUCUGGGUAUAAACAUAAACCGUUACCCCCGAACAGUGGCAGUAUGUCGUUGGAAGAACUAAGGCGCGGGGGAUAUGUCCUCACAGAACAGGCGUGGUUGAUGCGGAUCCUGUUCCUUGAAACAAUAGCUGGCGUACCAGGCAUGGUUGCGGCUAUGUUGAGACAUCUGACGAGUCUCAGGUCAAUGCGCCGAGACUCUGGGUGGAUUCACACACUUCUAGAAGACGCAGAAAAUGAAAGAAUGCACUUGAUGACGUUUAUGGCUCUCAAGAAGCCCUCUAUAUGGUUCCGUGCCAUGGUACUCGGCGCACAGGGUGUAUUCUCGAAUCUGUUCUUUUUCUCGUACUUGAUAUUACCGAAGACGUGCCAUCGCUUCGUUGGCUAUUUGGAGGAAGAGGCUGUCUUGACUUAUACACGAUGCAUACAGGAAAUGGAAGCUGGGCACUUACCAGAAUGGACCGACAUGCCUGCGCCCGAGAUCGCCAAAGAUUACUGGCGGCUGCCGAAUGACGCAAAGCUUCUGGACGUCAUAUAUGCCGUCCGCUCCGAUGAGUCAACACACCGGUUCAUCAAUCAUAGCCUGGCCAAUCUGAACCCCAAAACGGACGUCAACCCUUUUGCCCUUCGUGAACCGGACAUGCAUGUCAAGGGCAAAAAACUAGGGUUUGAGAGAUCAGAGGCUGAGGAAUACGUUGCGGAAUCGCACAAGCUUUUACAUCAGGCUAAGCGUCCCAAGGUUGACGAGUCGGAACAAAAGUAGCCCUCAUGAAGUUUCAUCACUGUCACUUGAACAUUCAACUGGAUAAUAUUUACCGAGAAUCCCCACUCUAUAUAAUGCCUGUAAUCAUAUUCUACUUAGCUGUCGAAUAGCCAUUGGGAGUCGUCAACUAAUAGAUAGACAUGCGAAACAGACCCCGUG